ACCAUGAAAAAAGGACAGAAGAAGUCACAAGACACCCUCGAAACGCAAGCCAUGGUCCGCCUCUACCACACCCCGGACUUCCUCCCGAACCAGUGCGGCUCGCUUCUGACCCAGACCAUCGACGCACCGCUCCCGCUUGUCUGGUCCCUCGUCCGCCAGUUCGCUAACCCGCAGGCCUACAAGCAGUUCGUCAAGAGCUGCUACAUGGUGGCAGGCGAUGGCAGCACACCUGGGAGUAUCCGUGAGGUCACUGUCAUCUCGGGCCUGCCAGCCCACCGUAGCCGGGAGAGGCUCGAACUGCUCAACGACGAGUUGCACGUAAUGGUGUUCAGCAUCAUUGGGGGCGACCACCGGCUCGUGAACUACCGGUCCACCACAACAUUGCAAGAGGACGAUCUCGAUGGAGCUGGGCCCAGCGACAACAGGACGACCGUCAUAGAGUCGUACGUGGUGGAUGUGCCUCAAGAUAGCAACAAAGAGGACACAAACUUGUUCGCGGAGACGAUAAUCCGGUGCAAUCUUAGGUCUUUGGCCAAGGUCUCGGAGAAAAUGGCUUGUGCUCUUAAGGCUUGACUAUAGCUAUAGAGAGGGCUUCGACUAGUGUCUGAUGUUUGAGUUUGUUUUGGACUAUUCAGGAUGCACUUACUAUAUAGUUUUAUGAGCUAGGAGUU